AUGGUUUCCUGGCAACUACUAUUAUUUCUGAUUUCCAGCACCAGCGCUCUGUACUCGUCUCGAGAUCCAGUGAUCUCAGUAUCUUCAAAGACAUUUACGCAAGAAGUUCUGCAAUCUGAUCAUGCAGUCAUGGUCGAAUUCUUUGCUCCGUGGUGUGGCCACUGCAAGAACUUGGCUCCUGAGUACAAGAAGGCUGCUGAAAAGCUAAAAGGACUGGCUAAGGUCGUGGCUCUUGAUUGUGAUGAGGAAAGCAAUAAGCCUUUGUGUGGGCAGUACCAAGUGCAAGGAUUUCCAACUUUAAAGAUAUUUGGAGAGAAUAAAAAAACUCCUCAAGGCAUGAAUCUAUUCGAUAGUCACGUAAUCUUACCCACACUCGCUGUCUUACAAGUCACUGCUACAAUAGAUUACCAAGGACCACGGACAGCGAAAGGCAUAGUGGACGCCCUUAUAGAAAAGAUACCCUCAUACGUACAAAUAUUGACAGGCGACCAGGUUGAUUCUGAAGCUAAAAAGGGGUACAGAGUACCAGCAAACUUUGAUUCCUGGUUGGAUAAAAAUAAUGAUACACUAGCAAAAGCCAUCUUGAUCAACAAAAAAUCAAGUACUCCACCCUUGUUUAAAGCUUUAUCUGCCGAAUUCAAAGGUCGAUUGUCACUUGGAGAGAUACGAACGGCCAAAGAUCCAUCGACUGCUGCUGAAAGGUUGGGCGUUGAAGAUGCGCCUGCUGUGGUUGUUAUUCCUGUUGGGGGUGAACCGAUUCGUUAUGAAGGUGUCAUGAAACACGAAGGACUCUCCAAGUUCUUGUCUGAAUAUGCCAAACCUAAAGCAUCUGCAGGGAAGGAAAAUGCUAAAUCGAAAGCUACUGCCGCUCCAUCUCCUACUCCUGUACCUUUUGAUCCCAAAGUCGCUGAAAUCAAGACAAACGAGGAUUUACAAGACUUGUGUACUGGCAGAGCCGGUAUAUGUAUCUUGACAUUUAUGAAUCUGGAAUCUGAAUUCGAAGAGUCGGUUUCUGAACAUGCAGCCCACAUGCAAGUCUUGGAAGGGAUCAAGAAGAAAAUGCAUGAUAGGACGGCACCAUUCUCGUUUUCAUGGAUCAACGCCAUAACACCAGGCGGCCGUAAACUGAUUCGAGACUUUGAUGUCUCUGACAUGCUACCAAACAUUGUGGCUAUAGUGGCCAAGAAACACGUCUACCAGCCCUUCCGUGGUGGAUUUGAAGAAUCAAGUGUUGUCGACUUUUUGAUUGACUUGAUGGCUGGACGAGGAAGGAAUCUUAAAUUUGAUUUCGAGCCUUCGUUGAGUGAUAAGGUUAAAGAGGAGGAGAAGAAGGAGGAAGAAGAAGCAAAGGUGGAAAAGGUGGAUGAGACUGAGACUGCAACUAAAGCUCAGGAAUGUGGGGAAGGUGGUGAUGAUGAGGGUCUGUGUACCGCUCCGCCAGCUGCAUCGGAAGAAGCUGUCCGAGAUGAAUUGUAA